AUGCAUAAUACUGGUGUUAUCUCGUUUGCAGCCAGGUAUCAGCUGGCCCAGCAGUCCCACGGCACAAGCUGCCAUGGGCGUCGUCGCUACAACAUCAUGUCGAACCAAAGAUCGCGGAUUAUAAUAUUUGCACGACAAGUGACAAAAAUGAACGAACUGUCGCGGUUUGGUCGUUGUUUAUGUUGUCCCAACACUCUCUUCUCCUGCCUUCUCCUAUCCGAAGAACCGAUUGCCGUGUGUACUUCGACUAAUUCCGUUUACGUAGCGACGUCGGCUGGAUGCUUGGAAGUUUUUCGAUUGCAGAAAGGCAAAGGAUGGAAAAAUGUCUGUACACUCAACACAGAAGGACUGGCUCAACAGCUGGCUUACAGUGAGAAAGAAAACUAUCUGGCGACACUGGAGAUGAAGCAGUAUCGCCAACAGAGUCUCACCUACGUUAAAACCUACCUUGACUUGAACAAGUGGGACAACAAAAAGGAGUUCCUCACAAGUCUCCGUUUGGCAGAGAAGACACCUGUCAUUCUGCCUGGUCAACCUGUACUGGAAGUGAUUGAGGUACUGACCACCGAGAGGGCCAGUAGCAUUUGCGUUUGUUCCCACACGGGUACUCUGGCUGUAGCCUGCUACAAGAAGAUCAACAUUUACCUGGUUCAGGAGAAAUACUCUGCUGAAUGUUCUUGCUCCUACAAGGACAUUGUCCACAGCCUCGUCAUUGAUUGGGGUCAUGAGGUGAGACGGGUCAUCAUCAAUGAAAGUUAUAUUGCCGUCUUCUCUCACCGUUAUGCGCACGUCUUCAAACUUAAUUUCCACAAUGGAAUCCGGAAGUCUGGAUUACAAAUGAACAAAUCAGCUUCUCUGAUGGUUGCCAGUACCUCUUCCUCCUCCUCACAAAUGAACCAGCAACAACCCAUUGACAUUUCACUCCUUCCUAGUGGGCAGGUCCCAUUCGAGGCUAGUUGCUUGUCUAAUUCCACAUCUACUUCAUCUUUCAUGGCUGGAGGAAGCAGAAAACCACCUCCUGCAGACAGUGGUGCCUUGGUCAGUAUUCAGAAUGAUGAAAACUAUGUCCAGUGGGUGUUCAGCAGUGAUCAUCAUGGGAGUCGAACCAAACGUAGGAGUUUUGGCCAAGGCACUCGUCACUUGGCUCAGAUAUCAGGGUUGGCAAACAUGCCAGCUCCUAUCUAUCUCCCUAAGCUUCAUGGUAACAGUGGAAUUAAUGGCUCUUCAAAGUCUUUGCCCAAAGUUAUUGUCCAUGUCAAAGAUAAGACUGCUUUUAAGAAUGGAAAAGUCAAAGCUGACACACUGCUGUAUAAAAUAGCCAAGUCAGGAAUUCCAUGGGAACACCUUCAGUUAUUAUGUAUAUAUUCAGCUGAAGGACACGAAUCCCCAAACAAUGCAGACUCUGACUUCUGUCUGCAGUCAGCGAAAUGUAAUUCCAAGAUGGAGAUGUUCUGUUAUUUGGGCAAUUCUCAAGAGGGUUGCCUUUAUUCCUUGUCUCCCCCAGCAGUUCAAAGAUUAUCAUCAUACAGGUACACAUCACCAGCCCUUCAGGUUGUCAUCAGCCCAACCAUGUUAUUUGUUGUCACAAAAGCUGGUAUUGAAACAUACACAUCACGAGCUGCCACAUUUGCUCUUUUCAGGAGAAAUACUUUUGAUAAUAUCGAGCGGACAAUACCUCCUGUUGACCUUGAACCUUGUCUAUGUGGGUUACAGCCAUUUUUAGGUGCGGUUGAAGUUUCUGUGAUAGAUUCACCUCUUGGUACUAUUAUGGAAUCUCAUGUCAUCUUGCUGUCAAAAUUCACAGAAUCCAGUAACACAAUGUGGAGUCUGUAUGCCUUAGAGCCGUACACUGCAAUGGACACGUACAAGGACCUGAUUGUAUUCUCUACCAAAUAUCAAGAUAGUGGGCAAGAAGCUUACCUACAUGUCCUUCAAGAAGCCCACCUUAUUCUUCGAGGACCUGUGAUUGAUUCUGAAAUUGAAUUCCUUGGAGAAUAUCAGGACUUAUUUGAUGAAUCUUGCCAGAAGCUUGGAGAUUUUUAUGCUUGGCAUCCAACAUCUGACUGGAAACUAUGUCUGCCUUAUUACAAUAUGGCAGGGCUCCGACUGAAAGAAGCACUACAGAAAGUAACAAAACUAAAUGCAGAACAACAAGCAAUCACUUUUAGAAAUGGCAAAGGUUUUCUUCACUAUCUACGGCACAAAAUAUUUGGAACUUAUGACUUAAGUGACCUGACACAGGAGGAAGGAGAUUUAAUAUUGUCAGUGUUUUAUAAGUGUUCCGGCCUUGAUGUGUCUUCGAUCAUUUUGCUUUCUCAGCUGAAAAACUAUUCUGCAGAGAAAGUUCUAUCAAUGAUGAAAGAUAUUAUGAAACAUGACCAAACUUUUACUAAGCAAGGCAAACGCAGCUACCUCAAUCACUUGGCCUGCACAAUAUUGCAUUUGGAUCUUUGUGAAACAGACCCUGCAGAAAUGGAGUUGUCCAUUAUACCAAAAGCUGAACUAAUGCAUAUUUGUGUCCAACAUCCACAGCUGAUGCACUCUGGUUUUUUCAGGUUGUCUCCCUUGGCUCAAUUAAUGAGAAAAAGUUGCCCAAGUGUAUUACUGGAAAUCUUAGUGAAACUUCAUGACAAUGGCCAAUUGGCGUAUACCACAGCCCUUGAGUUGUUGCAGGUGAAAGGCUCUCUGGAAAUGUACAAAAAUGCCCACAUCAAAGAAUUUCUUGAAUUAUUACUUCAAGAUAAAAAACGAAUGAAUAUAUUUCCAGAAAUAUCUAAUCUUCUUGUGAACAUUUACCUUCAGCGGCUAUUCAAGUGGGAAGCUCCUGGAAGACGUGCUCCACACAGUAGUCCGUCCAAGAUACACUUGCCCCAAGGUGUUGGGCAUUUUGCUGUACGUCAUGCAUGGUUGGAUCUUCUGCCUCCAUUUCAAGGCGCCAAAUCUUAUCAAACUGUAUGUCAUUAUCUCCGUUCUCCAGCGGAAAUUCAUCACCAACCGAUCAUCUGCCCUUGUAUCAAUUGUAAUGAGGACCUCCUCAAACUCCAGUCUUUGCUGUGUUCUCCAUAUGCCAAGGAAACUCUUUUUCAAACUGUGGAGAUUGCAUUUGAGUCAACAGCCUCGGUCUCUGGUCGUAACAGCAGCAGCAGUAGUAGUAGUAGUCAUGGGGAACUCCACAGUCGACUGUCCUUAGAUUUGCUGUGUAAGAUCAGCAUUGAUGUAUGUGAUGCCCUUGACACCAUCGUUGCAGACCAUCCUCACAUUUUGGCUGAGUUCUGUGCCUCGAUGCUUGACUCGCAGCCAGAAACGUGGAAAUAUUUGAUGACAAAGUUUCAUGAUAUUCUCACUACUGACAGCCAUGACAGCCAACUUUACCGUUCUGUAUUCCAAGAUUUGCUAUCCAAAAUGGUUGACAAAGUCCAAACAGCUGACCUUCUGCUUCUGAUUCCACCUGAUGCGAGUGUUUCUUACUUCCUGCCAUAUUUGGAACGGCGCUGCAUCAAUGACCAACUGGAUGCCUUACAAAAGAUUGUUGUGGAAAAAGGACAAAGACUCAAGCGGACGGAGUGA